AUGGCAUCGCAACGACGUCUGCUGCCCCUGCUGCUGGCUGCGGCCAUCUGUGCGCCCGCCUUCGUUGGAACUCGUGGGACUGCGCCCACGACGCCGAGCCGCAUCGCCAGGAGGGCGGAGAACUUCAUCCCAUUGGAUGCCAUUGAACCAGCGGUGACUUCAUAUGUGAACAUCUGGACCCCACUCUUCAAAUCGGCGCAAGAGAGUGGUUUAGCUCCAGAGUUCCUGAUCCAUUGGGGCCAUGCAGGGGCCAUGGCCACCGUGCUGCUGGCCAUGGGUGGCUACGGCACCUUCCUGGGAUGGUCCACCCGGCUGGGCAACGGCAGCGCGGUGUAUCCGCUGAGUUUGGGACAGACCGCGGCGGCGCUGCAUCCGCAACUCAUGGGGCUGGCGCUGUUUCUGUUCUUCCUGGGAGGGCAAGGAGGCCUGGUGCUUUUGGCCACACAGGGGCAACCCAUUUUGCAAUCCGCCCAUUCCUCCACUGCAGUGAUUGGCUUGGGACUCAUGGCUGUUCAGGCCGCCUUGGGUGUGACCAUGGGUGACUCCUCUGAGAAACGAACCAUCCAUGCAGUGCUGGGCACUUCGGUGAUGUUGGUCUUGUUGCUCCAUCUCUUCUAUGGCCUCAAUCUGGGCUUCAGCAUUUGA